AUGGAAGUACUUGCUAGGAAUAUUGUCUUUCGCAACAUUACAUUCAUUAGUGUAAAUUACCGACUUGGACCUCUUGGAUUUAUGUCUUUAAGUCACGGAGCAGCAGAUGGCGGAAAGACAAUAGAAGGGAAUUUUGGACUUUGGGAUAUUGCUUUAGCCUUGGAAUGGGUUCAACGAAACAUAAAACAAUUUAAUGGCGACCCAAACAAAGUUACUCUUAUGGGAGAGAGUGCUGGCUCUGCAGCAGUUUCAGCAUUAGCUGUUAGUCCUUUAACAAAAGAAUUAUUACACGGAGCAAUUACAAUGUCAGGAUCAGCAAAUGCUGGUUGGGCAAUACACCGUCUACAAGGGAGUAGUCCACAAUGGGAUAUGGUUAAUAUUGCUGAUUAUAUUCGAUGCAAUAAACUAAUCGCUGACCAAGUAAUAAAACUAAAAAGGAUUAUUUAUCUACCGUAUAUCCCGACCCCUCACUUUUAA